AAUCGUAAUAUGUCUGGUCCACCUACUGGGAAGUACCCAGCUAAAGAGCACGCUCAAAGAGUUCACAAGCAAUACGUUUCUCAUGCAAAGUCCACCGAUGAAGUCAGUUUCUUCAUCUCAGGUGAAGAUUUAGAACUUUACCAAUACUGUGACCAAACCAAACCUCUUAGACAAAACAGAUACUUCUUCUAUCUUUCUGGUGUCAGCAUUCCAGGAUCUCACGUUAUGUACCAGGCUAAGUCUGAUACUCUUACCUUGUAUCUUCCAAACAUUGAUUACGAUGAUGUCAUGUGGUCAGGACUUCCUCUUACCAUUGAAGCAGCCUUGGCUAAAUACGAUGUUGAUGAAGUCAAGUAUGCUUCUGAAUUGAAGAAUGACUUUGAUCUCCUUAAGUCUUCUGUUGUUCUCACCACUGAUAUCAACAAGAACAAUGACUCAUACAAGGAAUACUUAACUGCUGGUAAUGAAUCCUUCUUCCAUGCACUUGAUGAAUCCAGACUUAUCAAGGAUGAAUUUGAAAUCAAGUUGAUGCGUCAUGCUGCCCAUAUCACCGACAAGUGUCACUUGGCCGUCAUGCUGGCUCAGCCAAUUGAAAAGAAUGAAACUCACAUACACGCUGAGUUCAUGUACCAUGCCCUUAGACAAGGUUCUAAGUACCAAUCUUACGACCCAAUCUGUUGUUCCGGUGAAAACUGUUCAUCCCUUCAUUACGUCAAGAAUGACGAAGAAAUUGACACCAGAAGAUCUGUUUUGAUUGAUGCUGGUGCCGAAUGGGAAUGUUAUGCUAGUGAUGUCACCAGAUGUUUCCCAAUCAAUGGUGACUGGACCAAAGAACACUUGGAAAUCUAUAACCUUGUAUUGAAGAUGCAAUCUACUACCAUGGGUAUGAUCAAGCCUGGGGCUUCUUGGGAUGACCUUCAUUUAACUGCCCACAAAGUUUUGAUUGAAGGAUUCUUGGAAUUGGGUAUUUUCCGUAAGGAAUUUACUGCUGAAGAACUUUUUGAAUCAAAGGUUUCUGCUAGAUUUUUCCCUCACGGUUUAGGUCAUCUUCUUGGUAUGGAUACUCAUGAUGUUGGUGGACGUCCAAACUAUGAAGAUCCAAACCCACUCUUACAAUACUUGCGUUUGCGUAGAACUUUGCAAGCUGGUAUGGUUCUUACUGAUGAACCAGGUUGUUACUUUAACCCAUUCUUGCUUGAAGAUGUCUUGAACGGUCCAAACAAGAAAUACGUCAACACUGAAGUUUUGGACAAGUACUACUCUAUCGGAGGUGUUAGAAUUGAAGACGACUUGUUGGUCACUGAAGAUGGUUAUGAAAACUUUACUGGUAUCACUUCUGACCCAGAAGAAAUCUCCAAGAUUGUUAAGAAAGGUUUGGCUAAGGGAGUGGAAGGAUUCCACAAUGUCGUUUGA